GUGUCGUCAUAGGGGAUUCCCCUACUUCGGAAAUCCCCUCGAAAAUGUGCACUAUAUAUUUAGUUUCUUCGAAGAAUUUAUUACAGACGACCUUGAUUCCACCUCCAGGAGCAACGUGAUGAUGUUGAGCUCUUCCACAGUUAUCUACAGAAUUCCAAGACAUUGAGUAUACGCCAAGGUUUUACUUGGAGUAGCACAAAAGCAAGUUUAGCUUAUUGUGUUGCCAAAACUGUAGUUUCACUUCCGCAUCUUGUUUUUGCCAUUUGAAAAGUUCUUUCCUGACAUCAAGUUUUAAUUUCUGAUUACAACAUAGGAAGACGCUAUACUAGGCAACUAGUACCAUGUCAGGGACACCCUCACCCAAAGGGUCACUAGCCUCGUCCCAGAGGUCAGCGGGGAGUGGACAAUCCUCCUCGUCAGACUUUGAGAUCCUGUCCAGACCACCGUCCUACCAGAACGGUUCCCCCACACCCAAUGGAGACAUUCCAUCCGAGUUCUCCAUGAACGCAGGGGAGAUGCAGUCUUACAUGACAGAGCUGCUGAAGGAUAACAACAGUCUCAGAGAUACGAUCCGUCAGAACAAUGAGGACAUGCGGCAGAAGAUUAAGGACCUGGAGGUAUGGAAGGAGAAACAGAAGCAGAAUCAGGCCCUGAUCGUCGGGAAGUUCACAGAGGCCAGGGAGAAGGUCCUGUCUCUGAGGAAGGAGAACUCCAGACUGAAGGCAGACGUGGCACAGUUACAGAAGACAGGAGCAGGGGAUGGGAAGGUCACACAGGGACAGGGAGAUGUCAGUCUGUCACAAGUUGUGUCCAAGUUAAGAGAAGAAAAUGAUCAGUUGCUGACUGAGAAAGAGACGCUGAACAAGACAAUACAGAUGUUGACUGGGGAGAUUGGGAAGAUGCAGCUUAAACUGGAAGAGAAGCAUUCAGAGCAGGAGGUGGUACUGGUUCAAAGCCCGCCCUCCCAGGGUUCAGACACCAGCACAGGCAGUUCGUUGGCCCAGCAGGUAGAGGAGUACAGACUGAAGUGUGAGCAGAUGUCAUCAGAGGUGACCCACUUCCAAUCCCUCACUGCCAAACUGCAGGAGGAUACCAAGGAGAUAACUGCAGUUAGAGACCAGCUGGCACAGGAGAACCAGGUUUUGAAGUCCAAACUUGAAGCUGAACUUGAGCAGAUGAAAUCUGAGAUGAAGACGUUGAAGCAGGCCAAUGAGAGACUCCAGCUGGAGAAGGCAGACCUUGUUGCCAUGAACAAUGAGAUGCAGGCCAGUCUCCAGCUGUACAAGGCAGGUACCCCACCGUCCUCCCACUCUACUCCUACUGGGUCCUUUGUGAAGGUGGAAGCAGAGGUGAAGCAGGGACCACAGGUGCAGGCAGCCAUAGCAGAGGCUGCAGAAGAAGACAUCACAGUCAGCAUUGAGGAGAGACUGUCCAUCCACCCUGAGGAACAGCGUGUCCGGUAUGAGGACACCAUCGCACAGUUCACCGCUGUGGCCAGGCAGAUCUCAGAGGCAGAGCAUCACAAGAAGAAGACAGAAACCACAGUUCAUGACUUGCUCAUCCAGCUACAGGAGGAGAGAACCCGAGGACUGGACAUAUCAGGACAGCUGGAGACAGCCAGGAAGGAGAGGGAGGAGCUGGAGGCCAGGGUACAGGACUUGGCAGAACAGCUCAGACAGCAUAGUGCUGACAAGGACAGCACAGUAGAGCAGAUGAAACAGCAGCAUCAGAGCGAGGUGGAUAACCUGAUGCAGCAGCUGGACGGCAUGAAGGCGGCCCUGGAGGCAGCGCGCACACCUGGGCAGCAGCUGCAGGUGGGGGAGGACAUCCAGGUGCUGAAGUCGCAGGUGCUGUCCCUGGUGGCAGAGCUGAGGGAGACGGAGCGCAAGCUGCACGCAGCUACACAGCAUGUGGGCAGCUACAAGGACAGGUCAUUGACCCUAGAGCAGAAGCUGAACAUGAUGCAGGAUGAGAUGGAUGAGCAGCGUCGCCGUGACGAUGCUUUGAUUGAUGGCUUGAGGAUGGAGCUAGGCAACAUGGAGUCUGCACUAAACAUGGAGCGGCAGGCCUCCCACAUGGACAAACGCACUAUGGCAGAGCUGAGGUCCCGGUAUGAGAUCCUGUUCCAAGACUACGAUGAACUGUUGAAGAUCAACACAGAACUACAGGCCAAAACUACAGAGCUACAGGCCAAGACUACACAGGCUGCUCCACCUGGCCAGGUGAAGGAGAUGAGAGAACAGGUGGACAACCUGACAGCACAGGUCAUCUCUGCGGAGGACGCCCUCCGAGAUCGGGAGGACAAACUCAAACGUCUGACACAGGAGAUCAGCCAGAUGAGGAAGGACAUGGAGGAGGUACCGGUCCUUAAGGCACAGGCCGACGUGUUCAGACAGGACUUCGAGGCGGAGCGGGAGGCACGACAGAAGGCGCACGGCGACAUGCAGACCCUGGAGCAGCAGAACCAGGAACUGCAGCUGGAGAACCAGCAGCUCAGGGAUGAGAUGGAAGUCUACACCAGGAAUGCCCUUGGUGAGAUGCAGCGUCGGCAUGGCGGGGCACCACAGAUAGGCCCACCCAGCCCGCCUGCCAAUGUGCCUCGCGCCAACCCCCCUCCCAUGGAGUACGCUGGGAACUAUGGGUACCCACGGGGGUACCCCUACCCUGGUCCACACGAGGACUUCUUCUAUGAUGGACAGAUGGGGAAUAAUGACCCCCUACAGCCAAUGAACAUGGCACAGCCCAGAGUGCAGAAUUUUCAACAGGCAGUACCGGCCAUCCCAAGACCAGCAUCCCCAGACACAGAGGAGAAGAGCUGUCCCAAGUGUAACAAUGUGUUCCCAGACCUGGAUACACUGCAGAUCCAUGUCAUGGAGUGUCUGGACAACUGAUGGGAAGGCUACCAAACACACCCUUCCAGUAGCUGUGUUGUUUUGACUUGUUUUCUACACUUUUUUUUUAAGAAACACAUUAUUCAGUAUGUCAGGUUGUAUGACAACCAGAAAAAAGAGGAACAAAGUGAAGAAUAACAAUAAGCUAACAUUUUUGUUAAUAUACCCCUAAAUGACCAUUCCAGAGCAAAAACAUAGUUGUAUGAGUGUCUGUACAUUUUUAAAAGUCAAGUUUAAGAGCCUGUUGUUGCCAUUAUUAACAAUGAAGAGUGGCUUGUAUAUGUCACUUCAGCAGCAUCUCUUCUUCCUAAGUCAGAAACAUGAAGCUUAGGCAAGCCAGACUAUACUGACUCAAUAGGGGAAGCAGGAAUUAUGAAGGCUGCUCAGGCAAUUCCUUACUCAUAAAUAAUGUAUAGCUUACAUGUAUCUUGUGUGAUUGAACUCUGAGUUAGUGUUAUAAAAUGAUUUUAGGUGUUAAGUACAUGUAUGUAAAUACUUGCAUUAUAGAAAUCUUGCACAAAAGACUUGCCCACUGAGGUGAAAUCAAUAUGAUAAGAUCUAGCUACAAGUAUUUGGAUGUUUUAAUGAUUUUGUGUAUAUUGUAGAUAAUUCAUUGAUCAUUUUACAUUUUUAUUUAGUUCAAAGCAAAUGUUCCAAGAAUUUUCCAACCACACAAUUUUUGUUGUCAGAUAUCCGCAUGGAUAUUAUUAUUAGAUGUGUAGGAAUGGAGAUACAUGUAAAGAUGGAUUAAAGAUGAAUACCAGGAAAGAGGUAAUGUGUUUAUAAUGUGAAUACUAAACAGAUUAUGAGUGUCUGAUUAUUGACAAUGUCAAUCAUUAUAAGGAAUGUGCUUGCUUUACAGGAAGCCUCUGGAAACAUGGCUGAUGUUUCAGAAUUCAUGUUUAUUCUGAAACAUGGCUAAAAUGGUGAUAAGUAUUAUGAAUGUGUCAGCUUGUGUACAUACAUAAUGUGUGACUGUCACUGUUAAAUGAGACAUAAGAUUAGUCUCAUAGGGCUUUAAGGCUUACUGUUAAUAUCUAUGCAGAAUAUGUCGUAUCUUUCAUUAAUGGGUGUAUAUUUCAGAAUUGUGUGAAAUAAAGUGUUGAAUGAG